AUGGCGUCAGCAAGAAGAGUAGCGGAGGAGGUAACACUCGGUGUGGAUGAGUGGGCUGCUGUGGCUUGGCAAGCGCUAGUGCUUGGCGGGGUGGUACAGCCCCAAAUCGGAACAGGAACCCCGGCAGCAUCAAGUUACCGCGAGGAUUUCCCCCAUGCCAACGACGGCCCGUACAGGCACACGCCCAUGAAAGCUGCUCGAGCAGUUCGUGAUGUGCUCAAUCUCAUGAUGACCUGCCGGCAGCUGUACCACAACCUGCCAUACGCGUUGCCCAAAUGGUGCUGCUCCGUCGUCUUGUCUUCGACAAGUCAAUCCACCUGGCUGGACACGUUCCAAUGCAGCAUCUUCGGCGUGCCUGCCUUGACCAGCGACACUGCAUAUUCGGGUCGCCUCGAGCAACAGGACGAUGAUGACGAUGAUGAUGAUGAACAGCAGCAACAGCAGCCACAGCAACAGGAGUACAUCGACGGUGUCAGUCAUGCUUCAUGUCAUGAUGGCAAAAGUUCGUCGACUGCUGCGGGCCUCGCGGCCAAGGAUGAUUGCGUCAUCAUUUCAGCCACGGCUUGGCUUGAAGACCGGUUCCUGGUCUACUCCUGGCUGGGCGUUGUUUGGAAUGGGGAGUGCGCGUUCUUGCGGACGUGCAACCGCACGCGGGAGUUUCGUGAGUCGUUUGCGGGCUGCGGGCGGCUGUCCUUUCACAGCUUGGACGGCAUGGAGGCAUGGCUUGCCGAUAACGAUGAGGACAUCAGGGCCUCAACUCCCUCACGUGUGCAAUCUACGAGCUUGAGCGACGAUGAGAAAGGGGGGCAUGCAUCAGCGCCAGACCAAACACCAACCAACCCAACCGCAGCAACAACAACGACAGCAACAGCAGCAGCAAAUGUGGUCACGUCUCAAAGACGAACCAGGGAAGCCACGCUGGACAAGAAAGAGACAGGCCUCGCACAACAUGCACACCAACGAGGCCAUAGCCCUCAUUCGCAGCGUGUAACACAUCACACAGAGACCGCAGGCCCAGGGGCAGGCGGCUGCUCCCUGUGCCCAGCGCGCCUAUCUGUUGCGCUUACACGCACGUGCCAGGAAGACCUUGAGGCCUUUCAUCGCAUGAGGGCGCGGAUGGGAUCACCGCGCGGGCGCAACUUCUACUUUCACGUGACGGGCGGUAUUGAAGAGAUGCACCUGGCCGAUGUUGAUGACGUUUGCGUGGCAUGUCGGGACACGCGCCAUGUGAUUGCUCGCUGCAGCUUCACCAACGUGAGCAAGCUCUUGUGGAUUCUUGCCGCAGACCAAUGCACCCUGGAUGCACGUUUCCACCACGUCCGUAGUGUCAAGUUGCUGGGACAAGGCAACACCAUCACAGAUGUUUCAGCUUUGGAUGGUGUGGCGGAUGUCUCGUUGCGUGCCCUCUCAGGGAUGGACCUCAGCCCUCUGCGUUGUGCUCAGCGCGUGUCGCUCACGAGGGUGGGUGCGGACUUGACCCCUCUCAGGGACGUUCCCUGUCUCAAUCUGUCCGGGUACACUGCGCACAGCUUGCGGUCCAAGGUUGGCCAGCACAUCACGUUGAACGCCACCCAACUUGUCCUUCUUGUCCAGCCAACACGGCUUCCCACCGCCACCGCCACCGCCACCACCACAACCACCACACCACCGCCGAAACUGCACCUUCAUCUCCCACGCGCGGCCCGUUUCGCUGUCGAAUGCAAUGAGUUGCACAGCAUCGACUGCAUGCCGAGUGUUGACAUCGCGUGCCUGACGAACUGCACUGCUCUGGAGGAGCUGCCGCCCUUUGCACACGCCAACAAGGUGGUCAUCAACACGCGCCUGACACGCGAGGUGGUGGCUGCAUUGAGCGCGCGCGUGAACCUCCUCGUGCUUCAGGGAGACGCAACGCGCGACCUCUCCGCACUGUCUGCGGUGGCGGCCGGAACACGCGUGCAGCUGCACGACGUUCAGGCUGCUGACAUCAAGGACACACUGCCGUCUUUCGUGCAGAGAGUGGGCCUGUCUGUUCGCGGGCGACUGCGUACCAACGUAGCCAUGCUGGAGCACGUGCGAUACUUGACGGUGAAUGCUGCGAUUGUCAAUGGAACCCGCCACAUGUCCACUCUCAUUGGCUUGGAGCGCCUUCGCCAUCUCCGGCACGUCACCUUGCGCCAUCAGCAUAUAGAAGCCGUCUUCUCGUCCUGCGAGCAAGUGCACCUGUACAAUUGUGCUGGCACUGUCCGCGUCCGCGACACGGACACGUUCGUGUGUGCGUAUGCGCCCAACAUUACCGUUGAGGAGCUGUCGUGCGUGGGCGCCGUGAGAUUCGAAGGCCCGGGCCCCAUGACGCUUGCAGGCCCCGUCAUCAGUGACGUGAAUUCGAUGCAGGUGCACUCGCGUCGGCUCAGUGACUUGAGCCUGUUUGCCGGCGUGCGGCGGCUGGCGUUGCAGCGGUGCACAUUUGAUAGCGUUGACUCGCUGCCUGCUGUGCAGACGCUUGUCAUCUCAGACUGCCGUGACUCCAGCCACGUUUUGUGGCCGUCUGUUACGCUUGUCAACAGAACGAAGGACGAAAUCAAGCGUGCGCUCACGGGUCAGAGAGCAUCCAGCAUGUCGCUGGCGACCCUUGGUUUCGCCUUGAGACUUCACGAUCUGUUACAGGGCACGGUUGAUGCAGCUGCCCACAAGCCCACUGACCAAGCAGCAGAGCAGCAGCAGACGAACAUACAGUAA